AUGAAGAAUGGACCCACGUUCAUUCAAUGGACAAGAAAAUGUUGGCGACAGACCAUAUCCUUAACCAGAGGGAACACCCUCAAUUAUGAAGCGAGAGACUGUGGGAAAAUUGUCAGUGUAUUGGUACGGCCCGCAGAACGCAAAAGUGUAGGGAAAGACUGUAGCGCGAAAGUGUCUGGGUGUCUCCCGGCGAUGGGUUACAGCUUCGCGGCUGGUACUACCGACGGCCCUGGGGCGUUCGACUUCACCCAGGGCACCACCACCUCCAACCCCCUGUGGAACGCCGUCAGGGACUUCAUAGCAGAGCCCACCGAAGAGGAUAUCGCAUGCCACGCGCCCAAGCCCAUUCUGCUGGCGACAGGGAGGGCCAGGUUCCCAUACGAGUGGCAGCCGCACGUGGUGUCCUGCACGGUGGCGCGUAUAGGUGGGCUGCUGGUGGCAGCCGUCCCUGGUGAGUUCACCACCAUGUCCGGCAGGCGGCUGCGUCGCUUGCUCUCCAGCACGUCUUCCGUCCGAAGAGUGGUGCUCGCCGGCCUCUCCAACGUCUACUCCGACUACAUCGCCACCCCCGAAGAGUACCAGGCGCAGAGAUAUGAAGCCGCGUCUACGAUCUUCGGACCCCACACUCUGGACAUCUACCUCAAUAAGUACGUCGAGCUCACCAAGGCUGUGAUGACGGGGGAGGACCUGGAGCCAGGCCCCAGUCCGCCGGACUUCAGCGACCAGCUGAUCACUCUGGUGCCGCCCGUGCUCUGGGACGCCUCGCCCUGGGGCAAGGAGUUCGGCGACUGCGUCCAGCAGCCGCAGAAGUACUACAGUUACGGGGACGUCGUGACCGCGUCCUUCGUGUCGGGCCACCCGCGCAACAACGCGCGCCACGGUCGCUGGUACGCCGCCGUCGAGAGGCUCCAGUCGGAGGAGGACGACGCGUGGGUGGUGGUCGCCACCGACGCCGACUGGGAGACCAAGUACAUAUGGCAGCGCAGCUCGAAGAUAAUGGGCACCAGCCACGCGCUGCUCGAGUGGGAGAUCCCGGCGGGGACGGAGCCCGGAACUUACCGGCUGCACCACUACGGCGACUACAAAUACAUCCUGGGCGGGAUCUACCCCUACCACGGAUUCAGCGACAGCUUCCAAGUCUCC